GCUCGGCUCCGCCUGGGCCCGCGGGCUCCGCGUCGGCUGCGGCGCUCCGGACCGCGCGGGGCUGGGGCGAGGCGGCUCCGGCCGAGGCUGCGGCUGCCCCCCCCCGCCCCCGGCGCUCCGGAGUCCUCCGCGCGGUUCGCCUCCCCGCUGCCCGCAUGGACGCGGCGCUGAAGCGGAGCCGCUCCGAGGAGCCGGCGGACCUCCCGCCGCCGUCGGCCCGGGACCUGGAGGAGGAGGAGGAGGAGGAGGAGGAGGAGGAGGAGGAGGGGAUGGAGCCGGCGCUGGAGGAGGAGGAAGAGGUGGACCCCCGCAUCCAGGGAGAACUGGAGAAGUUAAACCAAUCCACGGAUGACAUCAACAGACGGGAGACGGAACUCGAGGAUGCUCGUCAGAAGUUCCGCUCUGUUCUGGUUGAAGCAACCGUCAAACUGGACGAACUGGUGAAGAAAAUUGGCAAAGCCGUGGAGGACUCGAAGCCCUACUGGGAGGCGCGGAGGGUGGCGAGGCAGGCUCAGCUGGAAGCUCAGAAAGCCACACAGGACUUCCAGAGGGCCACAGAGGUGCUCCGUGCCGCCAAGGAAACCAUCUCCCUGGCUGAGCAGCGGCUGCUGGAGGAUGACAAGCGACAGUUCGACUCCGCCUGGCAAGAGAUGCUGAAUCACGCCACCCAGAGGGUCAUGGAGGCGGAGCAGACCAAGACGAGGAGCGAGCUGGUGCACAAGGAGACGGCGGCCCGGUACAACGCGGCCAUGGGCCGCAUGCGGCAGCUGGAGAAGAAACUUAAGAGAGCCAUCAACAAGUCCAAGCCUUAUUUUGAACUCAAGGCAAAGUACUACGUGCAGCUUGAGCAACUGAAGAAGACCGUGGAUGACCUGCAGGCCAAACUGGCCCUGGCGAAAGGCGAGUACAAGACGGCCCUGAAGAACCUGGAGAUGAUCUCAGACGAGAUCCACGAGCGGCGGCGCUCCAGCGCCAUGGGGCCCCGGGGCUGCGGCGUGGGGGCCGAGGGCAGCAGCACGUCGGUGGAGGACCUGUCAGGGAGCAAGCCUGAGCCAGAUGCCGUUUCCGUGGCCUCCGAGGCCUUUGAAGAUGAUAACUGCAGCAACUUCGUGUCUGAAGAUGACUCGGAAACCCAGUCUGUAUCCAGCUUUAGUUCAGGGCCAACAAGCCCAUCUGAGAUGCCUGACCAGUUCCCUGCAGUCGUGAGGCCUGGCAGCUUGGAUCUGCCCAGCCCUGUGUCUCUGUCAGAGUUUGGGAUGAUGUUCCCGGUAUUGGGCCCUCGCAGUGAAUGCAGUGGAGCCUCAUCCCCCGAAUGUGAGGUAGAACGAGGAGACAGGGCAGAAGGAGCAGAGAAUAAAACAAGCGACAAAGCCAACAACAAUCGAGGUCUCAGCAACAGCAGUGGCAGUGGCAAGAGCCAAAGCAACACCUCCCGCGAGGGCCAGGCCUUGGAGAACAGGAUGAAGCAGCUCUCUCUCCAGUGCUCAAAAGGAAGAGAUGGGAUUAUUGCUGACAUAAAAAUGGUGCAGAUUGGCUGAUCCAUCCGAAGCCCUGGCCCAAGUGCAUAGCAGUAUUUAUACACGAAGCUGUAUGGAGAACAUUGUGCCAAUAAUCAUUUAAUAUAUGCCAAAUCUUAAGCGUUUACUGUAAACUGCACUAAUGAAGUUGUGACCUUGAGGGCUGAAGAGUUUCCUUCUGGGAAGAGCUCUUGGGCUGGUUUUUCAGAGUGGAGGCGUUGUUGCAGUGGACUGUGACCAGGGUCACAGCCUCUGUGGAAUAUUACCUGUAACAGUGUUAUGGAAGCAAUAACUAGUUCCUGUGAAAGAACCCGAGCCAGGAAAGGGGCUGGGAAGCUGAGCCAAACCGGGGUCGACAGCUUGCUUCUCUUUCCCUUCUCUUAUCCUCAGAUUGGGAAAAUGGAGAUGUUCUCUCCUUUAUAUCCCAGGGGAUCUAAAUGAACGCACACAAGAAUGAAACUCAAUCAGAACACCCCUUUUUGACCCAGCGAAGGCUUACAAAAAUUCCAAGAACAUGAUUCAUUUUCAUCACCUCUGGUAUUCAGAAGGGGCUUUUUAAAAAAAGCGUAUAGACUGGGAUACCCAUUAGAACCAUUUUCUAUAAAGAUUAUCAUGAACUGCACUUUUUUUUUUGGGGGGGGGGAAGGUGAAUGCCAACGUGGGGAUGGGAGGGAUGGAGGGUAGCAGGGACAUACCAUAGGUGGUGAUUUGUGGCUGUGGGGGAGAAGAGUCUAUAGCAUAAACCUUAUCCUACCAGCCAAGGGACUUAACUCUUAAGAGAAGUGCAUGUAAAGGAUGGUUGCCAUUGUUUAUAUCUAGAUUUGACAAGGUGUCAAUUUCUCUGUAGGUUGUGACUUUAAAAAAUUAUUUAAGGGUAAUGCUGCAUUAGUAUUUCUUAGAGGGAACUGUUCUUUAAAGAUAGGAAAGGGAGUAGGCAUGUGUUGGCACAGGCUGUUAAAUAGAAGCAAUGAAGUCUGUUAUGCUAAUAGUAUGUGUUAAGAUUGCUUUUCUUUCAUGUUUUCAUGGUUACAUAUAUUUAGAGCACUGUAUUUUAUUUGUCCUUUUGUUUAAAAACAAUAGCAUUUCUAAAAGAAAAGCAACCCCAUUUCAAGUUGUCUGUUAAUUCUGAUACAACUUGUAUAUUUUAGUCAUUUGUAAAUCUCUUCAUACUGUAUGUAGUGUUUUCUCCUUUUUUAAUGACUGAUACAGUAUCCUAAUUACAAGGUUAUUUUGUACUUGUCUUAAUUCCUUGAGUGUAAUAAAAAUGGCCUAAGAAAAUG